AUGCGAAGCUGCACCUUACUCCUGCUCGCCGCCGGCUACAUCGGGCUGAAUGCGGAUCCGGAAUGCCCGGGCUAUUACAGCUACUUGGAUGCUGGGUCCCGGAAAGACUGCAUUGCUGUGUAUACAAGCAACCGAACUUUUGCCACGGCUGAAGGUGUGUGUGCGUAUGAAGGCGGUCACCUUACUUCGAUUCAUUCCGCCUUCGAAAACAACCUCCUGGUAGCUUACGGCAAACAACGGCUCGAUUCGGGGAGGAUGUGGCUGGGACUGAAACUCCCAGAUCCGACAUCAUCAACGUGGAGUUGCCCGGCGAAUUGGCGGUACUUUGAUUACACAAACCAGUGCUACUAUGCGAACGAACAAGGCGGUAGCUAUCAAUAUGCUAGGUUAUACUGUCAAGGGACGCGCGGCGGAGAUUUGGUCUCGAUCCACAGCGCCGUCGAAGCCGAGUUCGUCGCCCGAAACAUCGUCUGGCAUCAAUGCGGAAGCAAUCAAAAUGGAAAAAAGUAUGGCGAAGCGCUUCUGGGAGGCAUCUUUUCAAACGGAAAACUAGCGAGCUGGUCCGAUGGUAGCCGCGUCGAUUAUGUCCACUACGUGUGGAGGGAAAAAGAUGGUGUGCUGCUGGUGUGUGGCCAUGAUGGCGGAUCGGGCUGCGGGGACUGCUACAAUGGGGAUUGGUAUGGGCCAGGAUUUAGUCCGUCUAGCGGCGAGGCAUAUGCAUCGUUCGUCUGCAUGGCACGGCCAUGGGGGCAU